UUUCCCAUAAGUAGUUUUUGUAUAUCUUGUUUCUCCAUUAUUAUUAAUGGCUCCCAAAACACCUUCUUCUCUUCCUCUUUAUGAAAUUAAGUAUAGAAAAAACUAUAUAUCAAGAGUAAUAGAACUCUUCAUUCUUUUCCUUUUGUUCUCACUUUUGGCCUAUAGAUUCCUCACUCUAAAAUUUCAUGGUUUACAAUGGCUCUUGGCUCUUAUAUGUGAAUCAUGGUUCACUUUCAUUUGGAUUCUCACCGUUAGCUCAAAAUGGAAUCAAGUUGAACCAACAACAUAUCCUCUACGCCUUUUGGAACGGACUUUGAAGUUUCCAGCUGUGGACAUAUUUGUUACAACAGCAGAUCCCGUCCUAGAACCGCCUCUCAUAACGAUAAACACCGUGUUAUCGUUGUUAGCGGUGGAUUAUCCGGCUAAUAAGCUAGCUUGUUAUGUCUCAGACGAUGGUGCAUCAAUUGUUACGUAUUAUUCACUUGUUGAAGCAUCAAAAUUUGCUAAGCAUUGGGUUCCUUUUUGUAAGAAAUAUAAUAUUGCCCUUAGAGCCCCUUUUCGAUAUUUUAGUGGUAACUCAUCACCACCACAAGAUAGUUCACAAGAGUUUCAACAAGAUUGGACAAGAAUGAAGGAUGAAUAUAAACAGUUGUGUAAAAAGAUAGAAGACGCAAGUACUCAAGAACCAGAGACAUGUGAUUUUGAUGUUUUCUCAAAUAUCCAACAAAAAAAUCAUCCGACCAUUAUAAAGGUUAUAUUGGAGAACAAGGAGGGUGUUGCUGAUGGAUUGCCUCAUCUUGUGUACAUCUCUAGAGAGAAGCGACCAAAACAUCCACAUCAAUUCAAAGCCGGCGCCAUGAAUGUUCUGACUAGAGUAUCUGGAGUGAUGACAAAUGCACCAUUCAUGCUAAAUGUGGAUUGUGACAUGUAUGCAAAUAACCCACAAGUUGUUCUACAUGCCAUGUGUUAUUUUCUUGGUGCUAAGGACGAGAUAGACUGUGGCUUUGUUCAAUUUCCACAAUUCUUUUAUGAUGGAUUGAAAGAAGAUCCUUAUGGAAAUCAAUUAAAAGUUUUACACGAGUAUUUUGGAAGAGGAAUUAGUGGUAUUCAAGGGCCAUUUUAUCAAGGAUCGGGAUGUUUCCAUAGACGAAAAGUUAUAUAUGGCUCGUCACCAUAUGAAAAAAUAACUGCAGGAGAAUUGAAGGAUGAGUAUAUACAGAAAACUUAUGGAAUGUCAGAGAAGUUAUCAACAUCAAUUGCUAAGACUCUCUUAGAAGGAUCAAAUAUUAUUGAGCAAUUCAAUUCUGAUUCUCCCUCAAGUUCCAUUGAGAUAGCACAUCAAGUUGGAAGCUGUGGAUUUGAAUUUGGCACUGCUUGGGGUCAAAAGUUGGGCUGGCUAUAUGGUAGUGUAGCAGAAGAUAUCCUUACUGGACUCUUUAUCCAAUCAAGAGGCUGGAAAUCCGCCUACUGUUUACCCGACCCGCCUGCCUUUCUUGGAUGUGCACCUGCAGCUGGGCCUGCCUCAAUGAUCCAACAAAAAAGAUGGGCUACUGGGCUUUUUGAAGUUCUCCUUAACAGUAAAAGCCCAAUUAUUGGAACCCUUUUUGGGAAGCUUCAAUUGAGACAAUGCAUGGCUUAUUUGCAGAUCCAAUUAUGGGGCUUGAGAUCCAUUUUUGAAGUUUGUUAUGCUAUUCUGCCUGCAUAUUGCCUCAUCACCAAUUCCCACUUUUUACCCCAGGCAAAUGAACUAAGUAUAGUUAUACCAGCAUCAAUCUUUAUUAUCUACAAUCUAUAUGUUUUAUCAGAGUAUAUUAGAGCAAAUGAACCAAUAAUAGCAUGGAUGAACAAUCAAAGAAUGUGGAGGGUUAAUGCUAUGAGUGCAUGGCUAUUUGGUAUUCUAAGUGCUACAACUAAAUUACUUGGAUUUUCUGAGACUGCAUUUGAAAUUACAAAAAAGGACCAAAAUGACACAAAUUCUGAUAUUGGAAGGUUCACAUUUGAUGAUUCUCCAAUUUUUGUGCCUGGAACUGCAGUUCUCUUAUUGAAUCUUAGUGCCUUGUUUAUUGGAGUGUUGGAUUUUAAGAAAGGGAAUAAUAUUGAAUGGGGAUUAGGAGAAGUUAUAUGCAUUAUGUGGAUUGUUUUUGUAUUUUGGGCAUUUUUGAAGGGCUUAUUUGCUAAAGGAAAGUAUGGGAUACCAACAUCAAGUAUUCUCAAGGCAGGGGCAUUGGCAUUGUUGUUAGUCCAUCUUUUCAAAUUUAAACAAUAAAUUGUAAGAAUAUAAUUUUAGAUGUUACUUUUGAAUGUUUGGAAGAAUAUCUUGUAAUUGAAUUUAAGUGUAAGUGUAAUUAUAUAAUAUAACUCUUUGUUUAGUCAAAUAUUUAUU